AUGAGAACGGGUCUGAUCGUAUUAUUUUCGUUAUCUUGUAUAUAUGCAAUAGAACAUGAUUCGAUAUGUGAUGAUGAUGACGAUGAUAGCUGCCCAGAACCGACGCAUACAGUGAUUCGGUUAGCAAAAAGAGACGACGAAUUGGCAAGAAAACUUGCCGCCGAACAUGGAAUGCGGGUCAGGGGUGAACCCUUUCUUGAUAGUCACUAUUUCCUGUAUCAUAAUGAUGAGUCACAUUCUCGUCGAAGGAAACGGUCGGCAGUGAAACGAUUGGAUGCACAUCCUGCCGUUGAAUGGCUUUCAGAACAAAGAGCGCGACGGCGCACAAAACGAGACUAUCUUCGCGAUGAUUCUCACCCUAUAGAGGAAGAAGAGCGGCGGUUAUCAAAGAGAGAGUCCUUGGGUUUGAGACGGUCGUCUUCAAAUCGUGAGAUGUCAAAGCGGCGACGCCAAGCUGUUCGUGAAAUUCCUCAUUUACCAUUCCCAGACCCUCUCUAUCAAGAUCAGUGGUACUUGGUGGGUAAGGCUGUAGGCAACUAUGAUAUGAAUGUGCGAGAGGCAUGGCUUCUUGGUUAUGCUGGUCGUAAUGUAUCUGUCUCCAUACUUGAUGACGGAAUCCAAAGGCUAGUCAAGGAUCAUCCAGAUUUAGUGACCAAUUAUGACCCUUUGGCAAGCACCGACAUCAAUGACCACGAUGAUGAUCCGACACCGCAAAACAACGGUGACAACAAACACGGUACACGAUGUGCCGGUGAAGUUGCUGCGAUUGCUGGGAACAACUAUUGCGGAGUUGGUGUUGCGUUCAAAGCAAAAAUCGGAGGGGUCCGUAUGCUUGAUGGCGCUGUUUCGGACAGUGUUGAAGCGGCAUCACUAUCAUUGAAUCAGGACCAUAUCGAUAUUUACUCAGCAAGUUGGGGUCCAGAGGAUGAUGGUAAAACAUUUGAUGGACCAGGCCCGUUGGCUAGAGAAGCGUUCUAUAGAGGAAUAAAGAGUGGACGUAGAGGAAAAGGCAACAUUUUUGUGUGGGCAAGUGGAAAUGGCGGAUCGAGGUGA